ACACACACAAACACAGCUGUUUCGAUAUCGACAUAUUGCUGCCCAAAAGUGUUUCACCAUGUUUCUCCGGGUGUUUCGAAAAUAUUCCACCGCCAAACUCACCCACGAUCUGCGGCUCUACGAUGGACGACUCAAGGAAAAGGUUGCUCUACAAAUCCACCCCAGCAAGUCGUACCUUUCCUUCUACACCUGCGGCCCCACGGUGUACGAUUCGGCCCACAUCGGUCACGCCAGUUGCUACGUCCGGCUGGACAUUCUGCAGCGCAUUCUACGGCAUCACUUCCACCUCCCGCUCGUCACCGCGAUGAACAUCACGGACAUUGACGACAAAAUAAUCGCCCGUGCACUGGAGCAGCAGGUCGACUGGCAGCAGCUCGCAAGCCGGUACGAGGACGAGUUUUGGAGCGACCUGCAGCGGCUGAACGUUCGUGCGCCGGAUGUAAAGCUGCGCGUCACCGACCACAUUCCCGCGAUAAUCCGCUUCGUGCAAACGCUCGUUGAGAAAGGUUUCGCCUACAGCACCGCCGACGGGUCGGUUUACUUCGAAACGGCCAAGUACGAACGGUACGGCAAGCUACAGAAGGUCAUCAUCGAACCGGAAAGCAACGCGUCCAAGGGCCAGAAAAGACAUCAGUCGGACUUUGCGCUCUGGAAAGCUUCGAAACCGGGCGAACCAUUUUGGACCGCUCAAGGGUUUGCCCAGGGACGCCCGGGCUGGCACAUUGAGUGUUCCACGCUCGCUAGCCAUCUGUUCGGGCGCGCGCUCGACUUCCAUGCCGGUGGGCUCGAUUUGCGCUUUCCUCACCACGAGAAUGAGGAAACGCAAAGCUGCUGCUAUCACGACGUGCCGGACUGGGUGACACACUGGCUGCACACCGGCCAGCUCCAUCUCGAGGGCCAGACGCACAAAAUGUCCAAAUCGCUCAAGAACACGGUCAGCAUCGGCGAGCUGCUCGGUGCGUACGGUGCGGACGAGUUCCGCAUGCUCUGCCUGCUGUCGCACUAUCGCAGCGCGAUCGAGUACGGCCCGGAAGCGAUGGGGACGGCGCGCAACGUGCUGCGCAAGUUUGCCAGCUUCUUCAGCGACGCCAAAGCCUUCAUCGAUGGGCUGAAACCGGCAACGUACGAUGCGACCACCACGGAAAGCUUGCUGGAAAAGCUUUCAAACACACGGACGACCGUUAGAGAGUUUUUAAAGAACGAUUUCAAUACCGCCAAUUCGGUGUUAGCGCUGGGUGAGCUUGCUUCCAAUGUACAGAGGAUAAUAAACAGCCACGAACCGUCCACCUCUGGCGUCUCGCUCAUUGGCUCCUCCAAUGUGGGGGCUGUCCUUGCCGUAACGGAAUACAUCCGGGAGGAGCUUGUCUCCUACGGGGUGCAAUCUCUCGACAAACAGUCGCCCCAGCACAGCCGUCAAAUGGGAAACGACGCCAAUCAAUCGCUCGAACAGCUAAUCGAAGCGAUGGUGGCCACCAGAAGCGAAAUUCGCCUGCAAGCGAUCGAAACCAAAAACCCUCAACUCUUCAAAGUGUGUGAUUUACUGCGAGACCGCUUGAAGCAGGCAAAUGUGGAGGUUAAGGAUCACGGGAAAACUUCCUCCUGGAACUUCCGAGAGGGUAGCGCGAAAUAAAACCGCCAUUUUCUGCAAACACA